CUUGCCUCAGCUCGCUCGGUCCGUCAGUCGGCAUGACAACGCGCUCCGGAGGCUGCACGGGGAACGGCUGAGGGCGCGCGGACCGCGAUGGCAGCUGAAGAUGCGCAAUAACGGAACCAGCGGCUCCGGUCCCGGCACCGGGAGCGGCCCGGCGGUCCCGGCGGUCCCGGCGGUCCCGGCCAUGGAGAGAGCGCGGCCGGCCACCGUCACCGUGUCCGCGGUGAUCCUCGCACUCAGCGUGCUGGCGCUGCUGCUGCUCGUCACCGCCAUCUCCUCCGACCACUGGUACGAGACGGACACGCGCAGACACAAGGACAACUGCGACCGCCACGGGUCCGAUUCCAACGACCAGAAGAACCGCGAGAUGCCCAUCUACCACCUGCCGCUCGUGGACACCGGCAGCGGCGGCGCGCGGCCGCGGGACGUGGCGCACAUGAAGCCUGUGCACGUGGGCAGCCGCGAGGAGGAGCUGCUGGAGAACUGGCGGGCCAUCCUGGGGAUGGGCAUCCUGGAGACGGAGUGCGGCAGGCCGCUGUUCUCCGCGCACUCCGGCCUCUGGAGGAAGUGCUACUUCCGGGGUCUGGACCCGGACAUCGACAAGCUCAUCGACCGCGGUAUCGCUGAUCGCUGCACAGCUGUGAAGUAUCACUUCUCUCAGCCAAUCAGACUGAGGAACAUCCCUCUGAACCUGACGCGGACCAUCCAGCAGGACGAGUGGCAUCUGCUGCACCUACGUCGUAUCACAGCAGGGUUCCUGGGCAUGGCGGCGGCCGUGCUGCUGUGCGGCAGCAUCGUGGCGUCUGUCGGCUUCUUCUGGGAGGAGAAUCUGACGCAGCACGUCUCCGGACUGCUCUCCCUAAUGGCAGGGAUCUUCUGCACCAUCUCUCUGUGUACGUAUGCGGCCAGCGUGACCUACGACCUCUCCAGGAACCCGCCCUUCAUCUACGGCCUGCCAGCGGACGUGGAUCAUGGGUACGGCUGGUCCAUCUGCUGUGCCUGGGCCAGUCUGGGCCUCACCGUGGCCGCCGGCUGCCUCGGGACCACCUUCCCCUUCCUGAGCCGGGCCGGAGCUCUGCGCUCCAAAACCGCCCGCGAGUCCUCCGUCUGAGCUGCUGGCCGCCCGGCAACCAGACCGGGAGGAAACCUCAGGCAGGCUAUCGGACCGGGAUGCUCCUGGGUCAGGGGACGCCGCGUUCUGGACGGUUCUGGACGGUUCUGGACAGUUCUGGAGGCUGAGCCUCGGUCUGAUCCACCGCAGGAACUCAACACGUGUUUCUAAAAUGUGUUCAAUGAAUCUGAAGCAAAGUGUUUGUAAGACAGAAGUCUCUCUGCUGCCCCCUGCUGUGUGUUUAUGAUAUGGACUUUAAUGUAACACACA